GAGCUGAUGCGGUCCCAAAGACUGCAGAAAAUUUCCGUGCUUUGUGCACCGGAGAAAAAGGAUUUGGUUACAAAGGCUCCUCCUUCCACCGUAUCAUACCAAAGUUCAUGUGCCAGGGUGGGGAUUUUACCAAUCAUGAUGGAACUGGGGGUAAAUCUAUCUACGGAGAGAAGUUUCCUGACGAGAACUUCCAGUUGAAGCACAAGGGAAUGGGGACUCUGUCCAUGGCCAACGCGGGACGCAACACCAACGGGUCCCAGUUCUUCAUCUGCACCGCCUCCACUGAUUGGCUGGACGGAAAGCAUGUGGUGUUCGGCAGCGUCGUGGAGGGCAUAGAUGUUGUCAAGGCGAUGGAGAAGCAAGGCUCAAAGAGCGGCUCUCCUAAAGCCAAGGUCGUCAUUGUCGAUUGUGGCGAGUUAAAAUAAAGCAGCUCCUCUCUAAUGUUCCCAGAAAAAGGCCUACUUCAAACCCAAGUGUCGUCUGCUGUGACUUGUUCUGUAAUAUUUCAUCCUUUCUGUGC